GAGGGUUCUAUCAUAGAGAACCUGUUUACCUCCUCAAUGUCCAAAGGCAAUUAUUCAGCAGUGUCUGAGUUUAUCCUCCUGGGGCUCACAGGAAAUGCAGAGGUUCAAGCCAUUCUCUUUGGUGUCUUCCUGGUCGUUUACCUCGCCAGUGUCAUGGGUAAUCUCAGUCUGAUUGUGCUAAUCCAAGUCAGUCCUCAGCUUCACACACCCAUGUAUUUUUUCCUCAGCCAUCUGGCUGUUAUUGACUUUACUUUUACUUCAUCCGUCACCCCAAACAUGUUGAUGAAUUUUCUCCGUGAAGUUAAAAGCAUAACGUUUUAUGCCUGUGCCGUUCAGUUAUGCUGCUUCAUCACAUUUUUAGUUUGUGAAUUGUAUUUGCUCUCAAUCAUGGCCUAUGAUCGCUAUGUUGCCAUCUGUAAUCCUUUACUUUAUGUCAUCCUCAUGCCCAGGAAACUCUGUAUUAGAAUGAUUGCUAGCACAUAUGUUUAUGGAUUCACUGUCGGUCUUGUACAGACAGUAGUGACGUUUCGCUUGUCUUUUUGUGACUCCAACAUGGUCAACCACUUCUACUGUGAUGAUGUGCCUUUAAUUGCUCUGGCCUGCUCUGACACUCACAUCAAGGAACUGAUGUUGUUAAUCAUUGCUGGUAUUAACAUCCUUUGCUCUCUAGUGAUUGUGCUAAUUUCUUAUUUCUUCAUCUUCUUCACCAUCCUGAGGAUUCACUCCGCUGAAGGAAGACAGAAAGCGUUUUCCACCUGUGCUUCCCACCUGACCUGCAUCACAAUGUUUUACGGAACAAUCAUUUUUAUGCACCUGCAGCCCAAGUCAAGCCAUUCUCUCAACUCAGAUAAAUUCGCUUCGGUGUUUUAUGUGGUUGUGAUCCCCAUGUUAAACCCAUUGAUCUACAGCUUGAGAAAUCAGGAGGUAAAAAGCGCACUAAAGAGAAUUAUAGAAAAGUUGUGUUUGAGCAUCAAAUAA